CUCAGGACCAUCUGCAUUAGCUCUUCCCCUUUGCUCCAGGACAUUGAUGUAGCAACUCCCGGAAAACCCCUGACCCCACACUUCCUGACCACUGUGCCAGCUGCUGCUCUGUCCUUCAUUUUGCAGCUCCAGGACAGUGCAGGCUGCAGGUCUGGCCAUGGGCCCCCAUCCCAGCCUCCUCCUGGUCCUUGUGCUCUGCCUGGCCCAGUCCAUCCACAUGCAGAGGGGGCUCCUGCCCAAACCCUCCAUCAGGGCCAAGCCGGGCCCUGUGAUCCGCCGGGGACAGCCUGCAACCAUCAUGUGCUGGAGCCCAGCUGGGGCUGGCACAUUUUGUCUGGAGGAGAAGGACGGAAAAACGGAGCUUUGGGAUCAGACAGGCACGGUUCAUGUUGAUUCACACGGGGCAGAGGCCACAUUCCACACUGACUCAAUGAAUGAACUCACUGCUGGGAGUUAUUGGUGCCGCAAUCUCAAAGGUCCCAUGUGGUCUGAGCCCAGUGAGAUCCUGGAGCUGAAGGUGACAGAUGAGGACGUCUCCACUCCACCCUCAGGCCUAUCACCAGAGCAUCUUUAUAUUCUUGUCGGGAUCCGUGUGGCCUCUCUGCUUUGUCUCCUCCUCUUGGCCUUCCUCUUAGUCCACCGUCAGUGUCAGAAAAAACGUGGGUCCCCCAGCAGCAAGGAUGAGGAGCCAAUGCCCCAGGAGAGGCUCAGCCCGACAGGUGACCUCACAGAGAGCCCAGCAGAUGUGUCCACCACAGUGGAUGAACUUCCUGAGGGAAACGGAGACAUGGACAGCCCAAGCUUUGCUGCAGGAGACCUCCAGGAGGUGACAUAUGCCCAGCUGGACCAAUGGGCCCUCACACGGAGAGCAGCUCACACCAAGUCCCCACAACCAAUGGAGCCCACAGCUGAGUCCAGCAUGUAUGCAGCCCUCCCCAGACCCUGACUUCAUGUCCACCUGGCCUCUGUACCUGGAGACACAGGAUGCCACUCUUGCAAAGGCUGUUAGCAGCCUCUUGGAGGACUUCUCUGUUAAACUGUCUCCUUCCUGAAAGUCAUCAACACAGUUUUGCUGGAGGCAAGACCUGGACUUUGGGGACCCCUACUGAAGAAGUAGGAGGUUCCCUAAGCAGGAGGUCCCACCUACAACCCACCAGCUUGGUGAAGCACAGUUGUAACUCUUGUUUCCAGAGACCCAGCUACUGGCACCUGGCUGUUUCAAGAGAUCCAUCUAAUGUUUUCCAGCAGUUUCCAGAGUGCCAUCCAAUGUCCAGCAGUUUCCAGAGACCCAGCUAAUGCUGCUCAGCUGGUUUCACCCCACCCACCUUAUGGGGUCAAACUGGCUGCCCUAUCAGGUUAAAAGGAGUCUGUACCCUAAGAACCUCUAGGGGGCACCAGCGUCUCCUUCAGAUAAUUUAGCUUUUU